AUGAGGGCGGCUAGAACGCUGUGCACCAUCAACUACAUGGACUCUCAUGUUUCCCUGUGUCACGACCUGUCUCCCCUCACCCUCGAUGCCAGAAGAGCGCUGAAGCCACUCACAGGCCUCCUACAGCAGAAGCGGAUCCCAUAUAAAUGGGGAUUCCCAUUUAGCCUGCAGGCUAGAGUGGAUAACCGCUGGCUUGCGGUCCGCUGGCCUAACGAUGUGCUCAGAUUCCUGCGAGCAGCGGGCCUUCCGGAGAUUCCUGUCCCUAACUGGAUCCUGGAUAAUCCACUGACCAGACCCACGGGCCCUACAGUCCUGGCCGAGAACCUAGUAGAUGGUGCCCAGCAGAGCUCCUCGACACGCCGGGAUGGGCCCAGCGCCGCGGAGGAGUAG